CGACGUCGACGUUGGACUGGCCUGGCACUCGCCGAGCGACCGCUGUGACGUGCGCACCUCAGCCACCGGCACGCGCGGCAAUGACCUGCCUGCACUGAGAACAAAGCCCCGACCUGCGCCACCUUCCGGCCUUGCCCGAUUCAUUUCACUUUGCUGAUUGAGGCUGAAUUUUGUUUCCCAGGCACUGCAUCCGCGUCCGUACGCGCUGAGCGAUGCGCGGCGCCGCGCUGGCGGUGUUGGCGCUGGCGGCCGUUGUGGCCGUCGGCGCCGCAAACAACGUGCCGCACCUGACGCAAAACCUGGCGUCGCAACGCGGCUACGAACUGGUCGAGGACCAGUCGGCCUCCAGCACCGAGGAGCCUGCCGGCGGCAACCACAAGAAGGACCACGACCGCUACCCCGUGUUCAGCGUCGAGUUCGCCAGGGUCGAGACGCCCUUCAUCAUCGGCCUCUGGAUCUUCUGCGCCAGCCUCGCUAAAAUCGGUUUUCACAUGACACCGAAGCUGUCCAAGAUGUUCCCGGAGUCGUGCUUGCUGAUUGUGGUCGGUGUGGUGAUCGGCGUGUUACUGUUCCACACGUCGUCGGGCGUGCAAGUGUCGCCCCUCACGCCGGACACCUUCUUCCUCUACCUGCUGCCGCCGAUCAUCCUAGACGCCGGCUAUUUCAUGCCCAACAGACUGUUUUUCGACCACCUGGGCACCAUCCUCCUCUUUGCUGUGGUCGGCACAAUUUUCAACGCCAUCGCAAUAGGAACAUCGCUGUGGGCGGUCGGCCAAAGCGGGCUUUUCGAGUUUGACACGCCGAUACUGGACAUGAUGCUGUUCGGUUCACUCGUUUCGGCCGUCGAUCCAGUUGCAGUGCUUGCCGUUUUCGAGGAGAUCCACGUCAACGAGAUUUUGUACAUCGUCGUCUUCGGCGAAUCACUGCUCAACGACGCAGUCACUGUGGUUUUGUAUCACAUGUUCGAAGCGUAUAGUGAGAUGGGCCCGGCAAACAUUCUGCCCGUCGAUGUAGCAUCAGGCAUAGCGUCGUUCUUUGUGGUGGCGCUGGGCGGAACUGUGAUAGGGGUAAUCUGGGGUUUCCUAACUGGAUUUGUGACGCGAUUCACGCACCAAGUCAGGGUGAUCGAGCCCAUAUUUAUUUUCGUCAUGGCCUACCUCGCCUAUCUGAACGCAGAGAUCUUCCACAUGUCCGGCAUUUUAGCCAUCACGUUCUGCGGCAUCACGAUGAAGAACUAUGUGGAGGCCAACAUUUCUCACAAGUCGCACACGACCGUCAAGUACGCGAUGAAGAUGCUGAGCUCGUCGUGCGAAACGGUUAUUUUCAUGUUCCUCGGAGUGGCCACGGUCAACAACGCGCACUCGUGGAACACGUGGUUCGUCCUGCUCACCGUGCUCUUCUGCACAGUCUACAGAUUCAUCGGGGUGAUGAUUUUGGCCUCGCUCGCCAACAAGUUCCGGCUGCACCAGCUGAACGGGGUCGAGAAGUUUGUGAUGUCUUACGGAGGUCUGCGAGGUGCGGUCGCCUUCGCCCUCGUGCUACUAAUCGACAAAAAAAUCGUGAACCUGCAGCCUCAUUUCGUGACCACCACCAUCGCCGUGAUUUACUUCACCGUCUUCUUCCAAGGCAUCACUAUAAAGCCGCUCGUGAGAAUAUUGAACGUCAAGAGGGCGGAGAAGAGGAAGCCCACGAUGAACGAGAGAAUACAUGAAAAGCUGAUGGAUCACAUCAUGGCGGGACUGGAAGAUGUUCUCGGCCGACACGGCAACUACCACGUCAGGGACAGAUUCAAGCGAUUUGACACCAAAUACAUCAGGCCAUGGCUCAUCAGGGACAAUAAAGGUGCUGAACCCAAAAUCCUCGAGACCUACAGCAAGCUCACCAUGAAGGAAGCGAUGGAAUAUAUGCGCAGGAACGCGAGCACGAUUGCCGCCUUCCCCGGGACGGAGAGCAUGUCGACGCUGUUCCGCAACUGCACGCAGACAAACAUGGAUGCGAGGUGGGGUAGUGGCGUCAGAAGGGCGCAAAAUGACGACCCAUUAUUUGCCGCUUUGGCGCAAGACAGUUUCAGUUUCACGCAGCUCGACUCCAGUGUGCAGAAUCUGGAUAUGCAGGAGCUAGAGUACAACCCGAGCAAGAAGGAUUUGACCGACGCCAAAAUCCACCACUUGCUCUCCGAAGAGCUGUGCAAGCCCAGGAGGCACCGGCGCCUGAGUUACAGCAGACACGCGGUCAACGAUCGCGACCUGUCGACACAGGAAGUUAACUACAAAAUGCACAUGAACAUGAGGCACAUAAUUAGCGGAAAGCACCAUCACAAGAGAUCAAAGAAGCUGAACAAGGAGGGUAAACCCCACGUCAGCUUUCCGGGUAUCACCCAGAACGGAUCUGUGAAGCAGUUCACGCACGACUAUAUAAAUGAAAUGUUGGAGGAGUCUGACUCAAAUGACGUGGACGAAGCCAGGCCGAGCACUUCUGGAUUGAAUGACGGCCCAGAGGGUGGCAUCGUCUUCACAGCUAAAAGCACACCAACAAACACUGGGCCUGUCUCCAAUUCCAACUUGCUGACGGUGCAUCCAGGUCAAACGCAUCAGCAGCCACGCCCCAAUUGGCACCUUCCUCUGAAACAAACCACCCUUUCCUCCUGCUCCUCCGCCCCCGGAGUCGUCUCCCCCCACCCCAACCAUAACGAUCAGCCAACCGUAGCUGAAGCCUCCUUACCCUGGCGAAGGUCCCAACAUAUCACUGACGAAGCAGUGGUGCACACCGAGGACCCGCACCCCAAGGAUCCCGGCAAACGGUCCAGCCGCGCCGACUCAGAAGAGGAGGCAGUGCACGUGACUCCGACCGCCACGGAAACAGUCCUUCCCUGGAAGAGAGACGAUGAGGCUGAGCAAUGCACUUUCCCACUCAAGCAGCAAGAAUUCCCCGGGUGGUGCAGCAAUAAAGAGUACCUAGCAUAUAAUUCUCCGUCAUCCACAUUCCUAGGUGGACUUGACCAGCCGAAGGUGGCCUCUGUGAUCGGCCUGUUCCGGCGAGAGAGCACAGUCGACCAGGAGAUGGCGCGCGCUGACGCUGCCAUCCUCGUGAUCGAGGAGUGCCCUGCGAGUCCGGUGCCCUCAGUGGUGGUCUGCGGCACACCUCCGGCGCCGCCAAAGAGGCCCAGCUCGGCUCGCAGGGGCUCCCUGCUCGAGCUCGGCGCCUCCGUCGACCCCAUUCCCGAGGAGGAGGCUGGCACCCCUGAAAGCAGUGCAAACAAAUCGCCGCCGUGGGCACAAAGACGGAGGAGAAAGCAGGGGGCCUGCUCCAGUUCUUAUGAAGACUUUAGAAGCAACGUUUAGAAGACCGCAAGCGACAAAAAUGAGAAUCCAAAAAGAAAGAGUAUUUUAGCUUCCGUUUUUUAAACAGCACCGAGAUUCUAAACAAUUGCGAGAGAAAAGCAGUUAGCCUAGGACCUUUUAAAUCUGACCUAUCGCGAGAGCGAUGUUGCAAAACUAACUUUUAUUGCCGCCUUAAUAGAGAAACAAUAUUCGUAAAUAUUCACGGGCCUAUAGGACUAGCGGUUAAAUGCAUUACCCCACACUUGGCUUUGCCCUAUAAUUAUUAUUGUUAAAAAAUGUGUAACAUAAAUAAAGAACUGCUGCUUUUGUUGUUAAAAAAACGUAACUCACAAAAAACGUGUUUAAAAAAACGUACUCUAGGGCAAUUUGCAGGCAAAAUAAAUUGCUAAGUUAAUGCUCAAACGAAAAAGGGUUUAAAGUGCAACUAAAUCGCUAGUGUGGUCGCUGAUCGGCCAAAGCAAGACGAGACGAGGGUGCUGGUGCAGAAAAGUCGAUGCAUUUCAAUUACUAUAGAUGACUUUAAAGUGUACAAAUCGUCGGUAUAUUGUUACAUAAUUAUUAUAUUCUACUUAAAUGACGAACGAACAGGGCCCCGCGGCACGUGGAAACUAGCUGGCGACGAGAGAGAAAUAUAAACGUGAUAAACAAAAUUUUCUUUUCCAUAAGAUGCAAACUCGGUUGUUUAAACUUAGUCUUGCGCUAUCCAGAUACUUGUGAUUGUGCUAAUAUAAAAAUUCAGAUUUGGUGCUACUUUUAGAGAGCUAAAUCAGGCAAGGAAAGCAGUACUGAUGACAAAAAAUUAAUCAAUAGUUGAAGCAAAAUUUCUAUUUCAAAAAGCUGCCACUAUUCGAUUUUUUAAAGAAUUGCUUUUUAUAGUCAAUAGCCAAUUAUAAGUACCUACUUUUAUGAUUUAGUUUAAUUUAAAAAAAAACCUCUAGUGGUGGCUUCAUAAACUUAAUUAGCCCAUAUACCAUAAUAUUUUCUCUGUCAACGGCUCUCUGAACUUCAGUUGCCAGUUUAUUUAUAAGUAGUUCGAACAGUGUGAAAUAGAAAUGUUUAUGAAUUAAAUUCUCUCUAUGUAGAAAUGAACUUUGUAUCGUGUAUACAUUUUAAGUUGUGACUUUGCAUUUUAGACGGUAAUUUAAGGCAAAAACUGCUGCAGUGAAAAAGUAUUUUCAAAUUGUACAGGGCUGUGUAAUUCGAAUAAAUAAGGUGUAUUAAUUGUAUAAUUACAACACGGAUCGAUCGCAUGACAUGAAAAACCCUCCACGACCGUUUUAAAACUCGUACUAACAGUAAGACGCGACUCACUUCACCCACGAUAUCGACCGAUUCAUCACACGCUGAGAGCUUUUUCGGGCAGUACAUAUAUUCAAAUUAUUAAAUUAUGUAUCCAUGAGCGCAAAUAUGAAACGGGAGACGUGCUGUCUUGUUGGCUGUAAUGUGAAACUAUUGCUUCAACGCAUGCAAUUUAAAAGUUAAAACCAACUGACAUAAACACACACGUACACAAUAAAGCAAUGUUAAAACACACACAACACGUACUUUUGGGGCAUUUCGCCGUUUGCACGGAGGGUUGUCGCAGGGGAAGCCAAAUCGAGAAGGGUUGACGGAGGGAAAAAUACACACAAGCGAUGAUAAAUGUCUAUUGUUGAAAUUUUUGUGCUCCCAUCGAGAGGAAAAUAAAUAAUUUAUUUUAUCUCGGAAUUAUUCACAAAAA